AUGCUCGGCGCCUGCGCGCGGCGCGGCGCGUCGCUCGUCGCGCCGCUGCCCCUGGAGCGUUUCAGCGUGGCGCCCAUGAUGGACUACACGGACCGCCACUUCCGCUACCUGCUGCGGCUCCUGUCGCGCGAGGCCGUGCUCUACACGGAGAUGGUGACGGCGGCGACGCUGGUCGACGGCGCCGGCGCGCCGCGGCACGGCGACGGCGCGCGCUGGCUCGGCUACGACGACGACGCCGGGCGCACGGUGCUCCAGCUCGGGGGCGCGGACCCGGCGCAGCUCGGCGCCGCGGCGCGGCUCGCGGCGCCCCGCGGCUACGCGGGCGUGAACCUCAACUGCGGCUGCCCGAGCGACCGCGUCGCGGGCCAGGGCUGCUUCGGCGCGGCGCUCAUGCGCGACGCGGCGCUCGUCGCCGACUGCGUCGACGCGCUCGCGGAGCACGCGCCCGUGUCCGUCAAGUGCCGCGUCGGGGUCUGCGACACGGUGUCGGACAUGGUCGACGACGACGAGGCGCUCUACGCGGGAUUGGCCAACUUCGUGUCGACGGUCGCGGCCCGCGGGACCUGCGCGCACUUCGUCGUGCACGCGCGCGUCGCGGUGCUGAGCGGCCUGUCGCCCGACAAGAACCGCAAGGUGCCGCCGCUGAAGCCGCGGCUCGUGUCGCGCCUCGCCGACGAGUUCCCCGAGCUGACCGUCGUCUCCAACGGCGAGAUAUCCUCCUACGAGAGCGCGCGCGACCGGUCGGAGGGGAACGUCGCCGGCGUCAUGGCGGGCCGCGACGUCUGCAAGAGGCCCUGGUACUACGCGAACGUCGACUCCGCGCUCUUCGGCGCGGACGCGGACCCGGCGGCGAGCCGGAGGGACGUGCUCCUGGGCGCCUACGCGGCCUACGCCGCAGCCUUCGAGGCGGACCACGCGCGCGCCGACUGGUCGCCGCGGCGCGCGCUCCUCAAGCCCGCGCUCGGCCUCUUCCACGGGUCGCCGGGCGCGGGCCGCUUCAAGCGCGAGGUCGACGCCCUCGCCAAGGGCGGCGACGCGGGCGUCCGCGAGAUCCUCGAGCGCGCCGCGGCGCUCGUGCCCGACGACGUCCUCGACGCGCCCCCCGUCCUCGACGUCGCGCGGCGGACCGCGCGCUAA